AUGACGGACACACCACAAACGACAGCUGGGGCCGACCCUAAGGAGGCCAGGGUUCUCGAGCAGCAUCUGGAUCCAGGAUACGCUUUCGCAGCAGAAUUCGACCCGCAGACACCCUUUACAGAUGACGCACCUGGUAGCUCUUCCAAUUCCGUACGGCCAGGUGUUGAAUCGUCUCUACAACUGCAGGGUGGCGACAUCCACCGUGACCUCUACAAGAUCGCUGGACAAGGCAAACGAGCCAAGAUGCAUCAACGAGCAGCUACGUUUUCGCACACGCACGAGUUUGUGGCACCGUCAGAGUCCGAUUUCGACCAUGAUGAGCUCCCAGUCACGGAUCAGUUAGCGCCUGGAGGUAUGAGACGACAGUUCCUGCAACGGCAAAGCAAACGUGUUAGCUACAUUUCAGAACCUGUGACCAGGAACUUUAUUUCUUUCCUGGAGCUCUAUGGCAACUUCGCUGGUGAAGAUCUUGAAGAGACGGACGACGAGGAUGCAAUCGCAGACGACGACGAAGAGGGCGAGCGCCGCCCUCUACUUGGCCGACGACAGAGCUCUAAAAGGCUGAGGGAACGUGGCGAUGCCUCGCAAAUUAAGACAUUCUUUACGCUCCUAAAGGCUUUCAUCGGUACAGGUAUCAUGUUCUUGCCAAAGGCAUUCAAGAAUGGUGGAAUGCUGUUCUCGACCAUUACCAUGAUCAUAGUAAGCGCGGUCACGGCGCUUUGCUUCGAGCUGCUCCUGUCCUGCAGGAAACAGUACGGUGGAGCCGGUUACGGAGACCUUGGAAAGUCAAUCAGCGGACCGAAGCUGCGCGCACUCAUUCUGGUUUCCAUCACACUGUCCCAGCUCGGCUUCGUCUGUGCAGGUCUCAUCUUCACAGCAGACAAUCUGGCAUCGUUCGCCGACGCCGUCAGCAAGUCCAGGGGCGAGCCACUAUCAACCAACGCCCUCAUCGGCAUCCAGCUUAUCGUUCUGAUCCCGAUGUCAUUCAUCCGUAACAUCUCCAAGCUUGGACCUGCCGCUCUCCUGGCCGACGUAUUCAUCCUCAUUGGCCUGACCUACAUCUACUGGUACGACAUAUCCUCCAUCGUCAACAUGGGCGGCUUCCACCCCUCUAUCGAACAGUUCAAUCCUCGCGACUGGACCAUGACCAUCGGGUCGGCCAUCUUCACCUUCGAGGGUAUCGGUCUCAUCCUGCCCAUUCAAUCGAGCAUGAAGCAACCCGAACACUUCAGCAAGCUCCUUUAUAUCGUCAUGAUCAUCAUUACGGUCAUCUUCACCUCCGUCGGUGUGCUCUGCUACGGUACCUUUGGAGAGAACGUGUCCGUCGAGGUGAUCACCAACUUCCCGCAAUCCAGCAAGCUCGUCAACGCUGUGCAGUUCUUGUACGCUAUGGCUGUGCUGGUUGGUACGCCUGUGCAACUCUUCCCCGCGCUUCGUACAAUCGAACUCAAGAUUUUCGGUCGCGCAUCUGGCAAGCAGAGCAGCAUGACCAAGUGGAAGAAGAACGCUUUCCGCACCUCGCUCGUUCUGUUCACUGGUGUUGUUGCUGCAGUUGGUGCGAGUGAUCUCGAUAAGUUCGUCGCUCUCAUUGGAAGUUUUGCCUGCGUACCGUUGGUGUAUAUCUACCCAGCAUACCUGCACUACAAGGGUGUCGCCGACCGACCGUGGGCAAAGGCCGGAGACAUUGCGAUGAUGGUCGUUGGUCUCGUGGCGAUGGUGUACACGACAAGCAUCACAAUUGCGAGGUGGGCUGAGACGUAA